GUAGUGAUAGCUAGCUCCCUUUGCUUGUUCAUCAAUGGCGAUUCCAAGGUUUAGUUCUCUGCUACGGUGUAGAAAAUGGGCAAAAAGCGACUGGCUUGUCGCUUCAAUCGGAUGUGUAUUAAUCGUAUUUUUCCUCUCUUUCUUCUUCGAUCCCACGUCAGACUCUAUACCCUCCGUUGACCGAUCUCUGCCUAUCAGCGAUCUGGUUAAACUGCAGUUGUCGAGUAUAGCCAAAGAGAGAGGAGCUUUUUGUUUGGAUGGAAGCUUGCCUGGGUACCAUAUCCAUGAAGGUUCUGGAUCUGGCUCCAAAAGCUGGCUUGUUCACUUGGAGGGUGGAGGCUGGUGCAAUACUAUUGCAUCAUGUUCUGCUCGAGCAAUGACUAAAUUAGGUUCUUCCAACUACUUUGAGCAAGAAGUGGCCUUUCAAGGUGUUUUAAGCAGUGACCCGUCUCAAAACCCUGAAUUCUUUAACUGGAACAAGGUUGCGAUACGGUACUGUGAUGGUGCGUCGUUUGCUGGACAUCCUGAAGCUGAAUUUAAGAAUGGAACACGGCUUUUCUUUCGGGGUCAGCUCAUUUGGGAGGCUAUUAUUGAUGAACUGUUGUCAAUGGGCAUGUCAAAUGCGGAACGGGCCAUACUUACAGGAUGUUCUGCUGGUGGCUUGGCAUCUCUUAUACAUUGUGAUUACUUUCGAGAUCAUCUUCCAAAAAGUGCAGCUGUCAAAUGUGUUUCUGAUGGAGGCUUCUUUCUCAACGUGCUUAAUGUCCUUGGAAACCCAACAAUGAGGUCUUUCUAUCAUGAUGUUGUUAACCUGCAGGGAGUAGGUAAGAGCUUGGAUCAGAAAUGUGUAGCCAAAAUUGAGCCAUCUAAGUGUAUGUUUCCUCACGAAUUCUUGAAAUACAUAAAAACUCCGGUAUUUCUUGUCAACCCAGCCUACGAUUUUUGGCAGAUUCAAAAUGUCUUAGUACCACCUUCUGCGGAUCCAGAUAAAACUUGGGCAAAGUGCAGACUCAAUAUUAAAGAAUGUGAUGCUGCACAGAUGAAAGUUUUACAUGGUUUUCGCAGUUCUCUGAUGGAUGCUAUAGGGGAAUUUCAUCAGAACAAAGAUGGUGGGAUGUUCAUUGAUUCCUGCUUUGCUCAUUGCCAGACAGUCAUGUCAGUGACAUGGCACUCCCCAACCUCACCAAGAAUAGAAAAUAAGACAAUUGCAGAAUCAGUAGGUGACUGGUACUUCAACCGAAAACCGGUGAAGCUAAUCGAUUGUCCUUACCCGUGCAACCCCUCUUGUUACAACUUGAAUUUCACCUGAACUUGAAUUUCUCCAGAAUUCUUCAUCCACGGAGCUGUCGUUUCCUCAAACUUCUCAAUCCAUAUGAGUCCUUAAAGGUUUCCAUCUUCUUGAAACUGAAGAUGUCCAGGGAAAGCCAACUGCGUUGUUUCCUAGUGUAGUUGAUCACAUAGGGACUUCAUGCACAAUGUUCAUGACUUCAUGUUAUAUCGUCUCCAUAUUGAUUGAGUAUACACAAAUUGCCACUUGGCAGUCUCAUAUGUAUAUGCUGAUUGUAACUUAUUUGUACAAGGUUUGCUUUAAUGUUGGUAGAAGUUCUUUAAUGUCACACCAGGAUGAGCAAGUUGAUUCUUUAAAACUGUUUGCUUUACCAAAAUUCUCAUCUGUUUCAGAUUACAAUCCGUAGACAUGAACUCUGUUUUGUUGAUCCCUUUGUGAUUAUCUAUAAAUCUUACCAGCUUUAUUAA